AUGGACAGAAGAACAUUUUUUAAGUCGAAGACUUCAUGUUUUACUGAUUUGAACAACAACACGUCAAAUUCAAGUCUACAGUCGGGCGAAAAUGUAGAAGAGUUGCCAACGGAUUGUACAGCCGUUGGGCCUGGCAGCAGCAGUCAGGGUCGAGAGGAUAACUCUGGUAACGUUACCAAUAAAAGAGGCACGCCCGUGGAUUUAGGCACUAAGGACACUGGACCAUCACAGCCUUGUUUACCGGAAUACCCCAAAACACUGUUCAGUAAGCAGAAUCGGUCAUUUUCGUCAGAAUACUACAAGACAUAUAAAUUCAUUGAAUACAGCAAAGAGGGAGAUGCGGUAUUCUGCUUCCCCUGUCGAUUGUUUCAGUGCAGUUCUAGCGCCGCAUAUAGAGAUCCAGCUUUUGUUAUAAAUGGAGUACGUGACUGGAAGAAAAUAUUAGCAAAAUUACAGAAACACGCAGACGGAGCACCGCAUCGCCAGUGUACAGAGCAGUGGCACUGCUUUGAGCAAACCAAAGCUACUGGUUCCGUUGCUACACUGUUAAGUGAAUCUCACAAGACCACAGUGCAAGCCAAUAGGGAAUAUGCAGAAACCAUUGUUGAUAUAUUGCUCAAUUUAGGAAAACAAGGACUUUCACUGAGAGGGCACGAUGAGGGAGAAACUUCAGAAAAUCGUGGGAACUUUUUAGAGCUGUGCAACUGGUAUGCCAGACAUGACAGGGCUUUCAGUGCUCGAUUAAAUGCCCCGUUCAAUCUAACGAGUCCUGACACACAAAACAAAUUUUUAGAAAUAGCUGCUCAUUUAGUAAAAGACAAGAUAAUCCACAGCAUCGAAGAGAAUGGCUUUUUUGCUGUUCUAGUGGACGAAGCACGCAGUUUUAAAGAGGAACAAAUGGCCGUGUGUGUAAGGUACACAGAAAAGCUGGAGAUAAAGGAACCAUUUCUAGGAUUUGUAGACUGUUCUGAAAGAGUUGACGCUAUUGGAAUUUAUGGCUAUAUAAAGCACUUUCUGGGUGCGUGUGGGAUAUACUCUUUGCCCACUGUUGGACAAAGUUAUGACGGAGCAGCUGUCAUGUCCGGUCAUGUAAACGAAGUUCAGCAGAAAUUGCGUCAAGACCAUCCAUGUGCAGUGUACAUACACUGUAUGGCCCACAAGUUGAAUUUGGUUUUGGUAGAUGCCUGCAAGGUGAAUCGUACAGCAAACACGUUUUUUCACAUCAUCGAGAGUCUGUAUGCAUUUUUCUCACAGCCUGGCACACACCAUGCAUACCAGAAGCACCAAAAGGAGUUAGGAGUUAAAGCUGAACUGACGGCUCUUAGCAACACGAGAUGGGCAUGUCGAUGGAAGAACAUAGCAGCUGUAAAGAGUUCAAUGAGAGCCCUGCUCUCCACUCUUUCCGAAUUCGCCGUGCUGCCCUUUCGCAGGUUCGUUGAAGCAUCUGGUCUUUUAAGCAAUCUCAAAAAGACCGCGUUCUGUGUGUGCCUUGUGGUAUUUUACCACGUUCUUAGUAUGAUCCAUGUUGCACACAAGGCACUCCAAAAGAAAGAUACAACACUUUCUCAGGCCUCAAGUGUCAUGGAAUUGACAAUAAAAAGUCUUGAGAGUAUGAGGACCAGUGACAAGUGGGAGGAACUAUGGAUGGAGAUUGAAGCAUUCUGUAAUUCACUCGACAUUCAAGUAAAUGAAGAUGAACGCGAACACACGCACAAGCGACCUAUGAAAAGAACUGUUGCGCUGGAUUCCUGUGUUGUGACGAGUUCCGUUGGACAAAGGGAAUACCAAAGCAAUACAACACAAAGCGUGAAAGAGAAAUGGGCCCAAAGGCUCUACUUUCCUGUUUUGGAUACUCUGCUCGGUGAGUGUCAGUCCCGGUUUUCCACCCAGACCAUGGAAAUAGCAAGGAGUGUUGAUGCGGUGCUAAAAUGCGACCCAGAAGGCGCGCAAUGUCUUUUGAAUGAAUAUGCAACCGCCCUCUCUAUCAACCCCAAAUUGGCCUAUACCAAGAUGAAUUUAGUCAAAAUGAACUCGCAACACACAUCAUCUGACUUUGUGAAGGAGGCAUUGUCCACUGGAUUUAAUCCAAACUUCGAAAAACUUUUCAAGCUGGCACUGACUUUACCUGUGGGGACGGCAACAUGUGAGAGAUCGUUUUCAGCUAUGCGACGCGUCAGGAACUGGAUGCGUUCAACAAUGUGCCAGGAAAGACUUUCAUCUUUGAGCCUGCUGCAUAUUGAGAGUGACAUAACAGCAGCACUAAAUAUUGAAGACAUCAUUAGCGCAUAUCAUGCGAAGUCCAAACGCAGGAUGUUGCUGCAUUAG